CCUGCAUGUAAAACCUGAUGAAUCCAGCGGGUGGCAGCAGUGCUGCAGGCUUCUCAUGUCAACUGCAGAAGAAGAGGGCGCAUCAGUGGCGGGUUCUCUGAUUCUCUGGCGCUGCAGCUCAUCAAAAGGAUUCAGCCGCCAUGAAUGACCAACAGGACGACGGGAUGAGCGACUUCUCCAACUUGGAGGAUGAAGCUUUCCCUCCUCUUCCUCCCCCUCUGUCCCCUGGAGCAGCUCAGUCGCAGGGCGACCCGUUUGGAGAAGCUGAGGAAGGCGAGGUGUCCAAGCUGGCCGACGUUCCGGCUGCCAAGAGGAAAGGAGUGAAGAGGCCGCAGCCAAAGCUGGACUCCCACAGGCUCACUUCAGACAGAGGAUUGCCGGCUCUGCGGACCUUGUUCGCCAACGCUCUCUUUAAGGGCAAAGGUCACGAGGCGGAGGACCUGCGGCUGCUCAUGCAGAAGAUGGAGAACUGGGCCCACCGGCUCUUCCCCAAACUGCAGUUUGAAGAUUUCAUCGACAGGGUGGAGAAGCUCGGCAGCAAGAAGGAGGUUCAGACCUGCCUCAAACGGAUCCGACUGGACAUGCCCCUCACGGACGAAGACUUCAUGGACAAACCAGGCGCAGAGGAGCCGCCGGCUGGAUUCCAGGAUCCCGAUCCGGUCAUCAGCCAGGCCUCCUUUACCGAUCCUCGAGGUCCGGUCCACUCCACCCCGGUCCCUGCUCCUCCCUCCCUGACCGAGGAGCAGCGCCGGCGGAUGGAGCAGAACCGGCAGCGAGCGCUGGAGAGGCGACUGGCCCGGCAGCAGCAGACAGGUGAGACGGUUCCACCCAGAACCACUAGAGGGUGCUCAGAACCAUCCACCGAAAAAUACUUAGGAAGUUUUUCUGUUUCCUCAAAUCCUUCAGAGCCCCAGACUGACACAGGAAUUGACCUCACAGCAGAUCUCAACGGGUCUACUGAGCAGAACCAGAAGCCAGGAGAACAUCUGGACCCGGAUCCGUCCGGCAGCACAAAGACUCCUCCACCUGAGGUUUCUGAACCCGACCCUCCAGCAGAACUUCCUGCUGAGGAUGAGAAAGAAAAAGGUCCAAGCUCCCAACCCUGAGGUGUGUCAAAAACUGGAUCUCUGCAGCAGAAUCUUCUACCAGAACCAAACUACAGAACCUUCCUGGUUCCUGAGCUGGAGCCUGAAAAAGGUCUGCCAUUUUAGUUUAAACCUGGAUGUUUGUGUUCUGGUCUGGUUCUGGUCCAUGGCAGAGGGACUGUAACAGGUUCUGUUUUACUAGAAAACAACCAAAAAGGGCCGGUUCUGUGUUCAAGUUAUUUUAAUAUAAAAAUGUCCAAUAAUAAUAAACAGUUGAUUUUAA